UUGUCAAGAGCGCGCGGCAGAGUUCAAGGAGAGAAUACUUGUCAGUAUGCUAGAGAGAGAGAGAGAGAGGCGAGCGAGCCUGAGGAACUGGAGUACCAUUCACUCAAUGAGGGCCUUUAUCGCGUCGAGACGGGCAAUUACGAGUAUCGUUUGAUGCUGCGUUGCCGUCAAGAAACAAGGCAAAAGUUUGUGCAGAUGCGGAACGAUGUGAUGAUAAAGAUUGAGCUGCUAGAUCAAAAACAUGUGAGGGAUAUCGCCCAACAUCUUGCGAACAUGGCAACGGCUAUGAAGGACUGUUUGGCAGAAUGUUCCGCUGCAUUGCAAAACACGCAAAACACGCCCAUUGAGAUCGACAUCAUUCAAGCAAGUCACCUAAAGCAGGCUUUACGUUUCCUGAUUCAAACAAGUCUUUUUUAG